AUGACGGACCCGACGAGAAACUUCAGCCUGCGCAACGUUAAUACAAGUAAACCGCAACUUGCUCGGACAGAGUCUCAACGAUCCGCAGCUGCAUCAGACGACUACUAUUCAUUCUCAGAUCGAGCUCUAUCUAGUACUGAGAGUCUAGCAACAGUCAUGCAAUUUAGAACUGCAGACUCUCAUGCACCAUCACCCGCCAUGUCGCAAACACGGCUUGCCCAAGAAGAUCUUGAGUCCCAGCGCCCCCCAACAUCCAGCACGGUCCGGUUCGCAGGAGACAGACCGGCUAAUAUCAGUCCCACAUCCGACGCGUCAAGAUCAGAGGGAACUUCUCGCAGAUCACCCAGUGACUACCCUGGACCAGCUCCGACCCCAGGCCUUGAUGACUCCCCAUACGUCCGGUUUGCAAUCGACCAGAUCACCCAAGACAGAGCUCGAGGGAUUCAAAGGAAUGACUCUAUUUCCACCACCACGACAAGUGACUACCCAAACGAUAGGCUAGUAUGGGAUGAGGGACUCGGUUAUUUCACCCGCACCCGCACCCCCAUUCGACAUGACACUCCACCAGCGAGACCUUCAUAUACAUCUCCUUCACCACAAGCUUUGCCGCAAAGGCCAAUGUCAGUGGACCCCGAGUCCUUUAUGGCCGUCGAUGCGCCAGAGCAGAGUUUGCUAUAUCCUCCUCUUGAUUACUUGCCUCUUGCCCUGCGACCCUGGGCUUUGGCGCUCAUGAUAUUUUGUUGUUUGCUCAUGACGGCUGGUAUAAUCUUUUGCAAUAUUUGGUCCCGCGGUGAGGAAGGAUUAUGGAACUACGCGCGUCAAGGUGGUUCGAGGUAUUUUGUGCUUCAAUUCCUUCCACAGAUUGUUGCUGCACCCAUCAUCAUCUGGUCAUUUGUCAUUCAGGCUGCAGUAUAUCGCAUAGCACCUUUUUCUAUGAUGUCAGCUGAGCGCCAGCAAGGCCUGGUAAUGCACCGCCUGCCCAUCUUGUCAAAAAACUUCAUCUUCCCUGAUUUCUCCCAUUUCCGACACGGUGAGGCCUUGUUCGGAAUCUCUCUGUUCACGAUUUGGCUUUCAAAUUUCUUUGCCAUCCCUCUCCUCAGUUGUCUCUUCCAGGCAAAGUACUAUAUCAUUGACGGGCAGGGUGUCUGGAGAUGGGCUUCGGUUCAAUCGGUGGGCUGGACAUUGGUUGGGUUGUAUGGUGUUCUGACACUCGGCCUGAUCAUGCUAUUUGUCCGUUUCGUCAGCGGCUGGUCUGGGUUGAUGUGGGAUCCCACCAGCCUGGCAGAUUUGAUCUCGAUCAUCCAGCGAUCAAACAUUCUUCACGAUUUUGAGCACUCCGAGACAGUCCCCUCAGUUCGAGAAUCGCUUGAUCCCCGCAUCCUUCGACUGGGCUAUUGGAAGCUCUCAAGCAAAACCGAGAUAUUCUACGGAAUUGGUGAAGUGGACGCUCCUGUGCGCACCCCAUCUCUCCACCAGAAUGGUAAGAACCGAGAGAACCAGCCACAUGGACUUGCCAAGGUUUGCUUUGAUGUUGAGCACAACGGUGCAUUCGCCAAUGACUCGAACGGUAACCACCUCUACUCGGCAACCGCCCGUUACCGUUGGACACCUUGGUUCCUACGUAAAGUCUCGGUAUUUAUUUGGAUUGCCAUUGUCUUCGCCCUCUUCAUCGCUUUCGUGGCUGUUAGUUUUAUCAAUCACGCCAUUGAGGGCGGGUUCCCUCCCAAGCUCCCAACACUCCCAUCGACAAGUGCAUUCUCAUCCUCGAAUUUCCUAUACAGCUUCCUACCAGCCCUCAUUGGCAAUGUUCUCUUCCUUUCUUGGCAACCGGUUGACGUAUACUUCCGAGCUCUCCAGCCAUAUGCCGAGCUCUCAUCCCCCAGCGGCGCAUCUGCCGAAAAGAGCCUUCUGCUCUCUUACCCAUCCUCCUACCCAAUCCAAGUCACUAUCCAGGCCAUCUUCAACCGUCAUUUCAAAGUGGCCUGGAUCUCUCUCAUGAGCCUACUAUCCCUCGCCAUCCCCAUUCUCGCCGGGGGCGUCUUUAUCGCCCUUUGGUAUCCCUCUCAGGACGAUAUCCGCAUUUCGGCCUUUUUGCCCGCAUUCUACGCUUUAAUUGCUGCCUGUGGCCUAUAUGCCGCGUCAUUUGUGGCAAUUUGGCCGGGUCGUGGUCGCUAUCUCCCACACGACAUCUCCACCUUGGCCGAUCUGAUGAGUUAUAUUUAUCAGUCCCCUCUUCUGUCCGAUAAGAUCCUGCGCGAGCCGAGAAGCAAGACUGACCUCGUCACUCGUCUUAUCAUUGCGCCGCCCUCUGAGCGCGAUAUGCCUCUGUACGGCUUUGGCAUUUAUGUCGGUCGUGAUGGUAAGGAGCAUCUUGGUAUCGAUCGCUUCCAUCGGCCUGGUCGCACUGAUAUGCUCAUUACCACGGGCACUAUGAAAUAA